CUGGAUGUCAGUUUUCAACCUCUGGAUCCAUUGAAACGUUAGUUUUUCAAUCUGUUGAUCCCUUGCAAAUCUAAUUUUUGACGUGAAUUUUUUUGUGCAAACUGAAUAAGUGUGUGUAUGAUUGCAGUAAGAGAUUGAUAAAUAUGUUAAUUUUGUAAAAUUUUGUGGAAACCCGAAAGAGAGGAUUGCAACAAGCUAAAAUAGUAGAAAUUAUCAGUUGGCGACGACGAAAUGAGUGAUUCUCACAAUAAUCUGAAUACAAUAACAACGAAAGCCGUGAUCGAGGCAGCGGUCGAGUCAUCUAAUGUAGACCUCGGUGAAACUGAUGCCAAUGAGACGAGAAAUGUGGAGGAAAACAUAGGUUCUGCCACACCCGUGGUCGCUACAACAUCCUUAAAAGUCAUUUCGGAAGACGGAGGAAGAACUGAUGAUGACAAGCAGCAAGAUAUUGAAGAAAUUCGACGGACUUCAAUACACUCGAGUACGUCUGCCAUAAAUAUACUAAGCUCAGUUGGAGAUAUUAUAAGCCUGCCAUCAAGUUCGCGGCAAACAAAUGCAGAUGCUGCUGUCGGUGUUAGCAAUAGUGUGGCUGAUGCCUACCAGCCGCAAGAUGAAGCAGAGGGCGAACGAAGUUGUUGGAUUUGCUUUGCCACGGACGAAGACAAUCGAUUAGCUGCUUGGGUACAGCCAUGUAAAUGUCGUGGCACUACCAAAUGGGUCCAUCAAAGCUGUCUUUAUCGCUGGGUAGACGAAAAACAAAAGGGCAAUGCUUUACGUACAGUUAAUUGCCAACAAUGCCAAACUGAAUAUAUUAUAGUUUUUCCCCAAAUGGGAAAAGUUGCAAAUAUACUAGAAGCUUUUGACAACAUAAUAAGACGUGUAAGCCCAUUUCUAGCUGCAGGUAUAUUUGUCGGAUCUCUCUAUUGGACCGCAGUAACAUAUGGCGCAGUAACAUUUUUACAGAUUGUUGGGCACAAAAAGGGCUUAGCUCUAAUGGAAAAUGGAGAUCCAAUAUUAUUGCUAAUUGGCCUUCCAGUCAUACCUGUUGGUUUGGUACUAGGUCGUAUGAUCCGCUGGGAGGAUGCUGUUAUUCGCCUUAUUCGUAACCGAAGGAAUGUGGCUCGUAAACUACCACUUAUGAAUUUCAUUAUACCUUAUCCAGAGGAAGAUGAAGAGCAAACAGCACAAAAUCCUGCAACUCCAACAUUAUCGGAUCCAGUUUCGGCAACACGUAUAUUUUGCGGAGCUUUACUUUUGCCAACCAUAUCAUCAAUUGUGGGACGACUAUUAUUUGAAUCGAUUGAGAACACAUUGCAUCGGACGCUUUUGGGAGGUCUUACGUUUAUAACGGUAAAGGGUAUUUUGAAAAUUUAUCUGAAACAACAACAACACACCCGCAAAAAGAAACGUCGCAUUGUUGACUAUACCGAGGAAAACGUUCGCGUCUAUGUGAAUCGUUCUAAUUCAACCAGAAGUCAGGGUAAUACUGCUGGUUCAACAGCAGCACCAGGUGCUAAUCAACAACAACAACAAGCAAAUGUGCCAAGACCUAAUGAACGCGACAGUGUAGUGUAGGGGAAUUCAGGGAACUUGAAAAUUACGAAAUUUGUUGGUAAGACCACUACGUAAAAGAAAACAAAAAAACAACUUAUUAAAAAGGUUCCGUCGUAUAGUAGUUAAACUUUUUAUAUAUAACUAAUAAUAUGUGCUGUUAACAAUGCUCUCACUUUCUUCUAAUCAAAUCAAGAAAAAUAAAUAAAUAAAAAAAAAUAUUAAUUAUUAUAUCUUAUGAAUUUUUGAAAUAAAAUAAUUCGAGAAAAACUUGACUAGGCGUAAUAAACUAAUAUAAAGUAACCCCCUUUUAUAUCUAACAAAUAUGUGGGUAAACUGUCACACGGAAACGUACGUAUGGGCGGUCAUAUUUCUGUAAUUUACUAACCAUUCGUUUUGUUAAAACAACAUACAAAAUUAUAAAAUCAUGGCACAACAUGUUAAUAAGGAAUCGAUCAAAUGAUUUUGAAUUUUAUAUAAAGUUAUCGAUUCUAUAAGUAAAUGCAACACACACAUACGAAAUAUGGCAUAAUGGGACACAGUACAAGAAUGUAUUUUUUUUUUUUUGAUAACAGACAUGAUUACAAUAUUUAGAUAGUUUUAAUAAUUUAAAAAAAUUGCAAAAAAAUUAUGAUGAUAGAUUUUUAUAUAUUUAAUAUGUAAUAUUUUAAUAUAAAAUAGAAUUUUUGAUAGAUAAUAUUUGUCCCCUUAUUUUUUGGUUUUUUUUUAUAUAUUACAUUAAACUUCUUUAAUGUCGGUCCAUAAUGUAAUUUUGCUUGAGAUUUCAAAGAUUAUUUGUCUGCAUAUCUGUUAUCUGCUUUUUGUUGUAUGUCUACAUUGAUACAGAUAUUAUAAUUUUGGGCAGUAAUUAGGUCUUCCAGUUUUGCCAAAAUAAUACAAUCAAUAAUUAUUUCAUUUUCAACGUUUGGCUCUGAAAAUAAAGUAGGUUUAGUGUACAUGUGUCUCAAUCCUGCCAUAUUAUUCAAUUACAUUUUUUAUAUAGUUUAGAUGUAAACGAUACCGGAAAGAUAAUGAGAAAAAAAUAUAUUUGUAGCUUUAAUCUAAUUAAUCUCUCAUAAAUGUACUAUUAAGAAAUUGUAUAUUUUAUGCCAUACAUUACUGUGUUUUUGUUUUUAA